AUGGCGCACCGCACCUACUUCAUGAUUUGGCAAGCUGUGGCCGUGCUUGUGAGCCUUGUGAGCGGCGACGCUGACUGCUCAAAGUGCUCGUCGAUUGAAGAUUGGAACGAUGAGCGUCUGGAGAGAUGCAAUGUCUGGGGUGACCCACACACCAGUGACAGCUGGAGUGUGAACGGGAGAUUCGACUUCCACGGAGUUGGGGUGUACCGUUACGCGCACAUCGAUGCAUGCGGUGGCGGCUUCAAGCUCGAUGCUUUCCAAUGUCAGCACAGGGACUGGAAGCACUCAGCCAUCCUCUUCGUCGGCAUCGAGAUGAACAACGGUGCUAAAGUCUUCGUGAACGGAACUCAGGUGUCCACUUCUGGCAGCGUCAGCGUCACCGGCACUACGGGCAGCGAUGGGGAGAUGCAGAUGAGCAAUCCAAGGGACGGCGUGAACGUCGUCUCGGACGACUCCUGCAUCCGCAUCAACGUCAAUGCUGUGAACCUGCAUGGUGAUCUCCGUUCCUCCAACAGCUUCAAGGUGCGAGUCCCCCAGGAUGCCAUCAGCGAUAUUGGCAUCUGCGGUGCCCAAAAGCAAUGGAAGGAGCACUUGGUGCGCGGAGAAACCGACUUCAUCUUCAACAUCGACCAGUGGCGCUACAUGUGCGGCGCCUGCAGCGCACUAGGUGGGCUGCACCCGCCCAACUGCCCGUCUCCAUACUUCGGCCAGUUUGAUUUGAGCCCUGGUGGAGAGUUCUUGCGGCCCUUCGAGAAGGAGAGCGAGCGGGAGUGCGUUUCUCUGCACGAAGGGGACGUCGUCCACCAGCUGCAGGAUGACGGUCAGAACAGCGUAGCCUAUGCGAUCCUCGAGAAGUCCAUGAGCUGCAGGGAGUUCUGCCGCGCUCGCUCGAGCCAGUGCGUCGAUGCGAAGGACAACGUGGACUUUGCCCCCUGCAGCUUCACCGAGAACGUGUCUAAGGCCGACUGCGACUCCAAAGAGUACUACGACCUGAACUGCGUGUGCAAGAAGCCAGACAUCUCCUCCCCCGGGCCGGACAAGCGCUACGUGUGCGACGACAAGGUGGAUGCGUCCGGCAAUGCCUUCAAGCUCGAAGAUGCCAUCAAGCUGUGCAAGGCCAAAGCUCCCUUCUUGCAUCGCGCUGAGUGGGAUCGCAAGGGUUGCAAGAACGACGACGAAUGCCGCGUUGACUUCAUCCUCGGUGCCUGCGUAUCGGACGUGUGCAAUGCGGAGCCCAACAACCGCGUGGCGGUCGCCAAGAACGCAGGAGAUCAGGAUCCGCGUCGAUCCCCCAAGGACUCCGCUGACCGUUGCGUGGGAGACAGGCUGGGACAAGAGCUUUGCCACGAACUGACUCCGGAUGCGGAGCACUGCACCUGGGAUGCCGGGGCUAUCAUGCAGGAGAAGGACGAGUAUUGCGAGGACCACAUCUGCGAAGAUGCAUCCCUGCUCCAGCGCUCCGAAAGCGACGAAGUCGGGAUGUUGCAGCGGCGCAACGGCGAUGGCGUUACCCUGGCGGCAAACAAUACCGUUUUGCACUGCAGUCGCAGGGUACAUUUCUGCCAGCGUUUGUGCCACGGUGUGCUCGACACCACUGACGGGGGCAAGCAGAAGUGCAUGGAGUACUGCGACAACGACAAGAGCUUCACGCACGUGAAGGACAUCUUCCAGUCCUGCUGCUAG